AGAGCACAUACGUGCGCCUGUGCAAUUGCUCCUCCCCCCCAGUCAAGUGUAGAGGAGACACGGAAGCGAAGGUUUUUUGAGAGUCAGAGUGUGUGUGGGGGUGUGAAGAAGAGCGGAAGGGGGUGUACACACAGACACACACAUGCUGGUAACAAAUGUAACUGACAAAGCAGUGAUCCUAGUGGAGUAAAGGUUUUUAGGAGGAGAAAGGUCAGAGAGGAGCUGUUACCAAUGUUCUGAUCGAGGUUGUGCUCAUCUUUUUUUCCUGCUCUACCUCAUUCGUACCUUCAUCAUGUCGCUGCUGACUCACGUGCUGGUGUGCCUUUUCGGGAUGGGCUCCUGGGUGGCCAUCAAUGGCAUGUGGGUGGAGCUUCCCUUGGUCGUCAAAGAGAUCGAAGAGGGGUGGUACCUGCCCUCCUAUCUCACAGUCCUCAUCCAAAUGGCCAACAUAGGUCCUCUCUUCAUCACUUUGAUGCAUCGCUUCCGCCCGGGCGCACUGGAUGAGCGGCCUGUCAUCUACUGCAUUGUGGGGUUGGGAAUUGUCGCCACAUUCCUGCUGGCUUUCUUCUGGAAGCACACAAUGAUAAUAGCUGGUUCUUUGCACAGCGUGCCUCUGCUGGUUUUAAGCUUCCUGCUGUCUGUGGUGGACUGCACAUCAUCAGUCACCUUCCUGCCUUUCAUGAUGCGUCUGCGUCCACAGUAUCUCACUACAUACUUUGUAGGCGAAGGCCUCAGUGGCCUUGUGCCUGCAGUGGUGGCUUUGAUUCAAGGUGUGGGUGUAGUUCACUGUGUAAAUGGCACUUUGGCUGUAAACACAUCAGCUCCUAACUCCAGUGUGGCAAGCAGUGGUGAGCUAAAUGAGGUCCAACAGCCGGCUAAAUUCUCAGUCCAGGUUUUCUUCAUUUUCCUGAGUGCUAUGAUGGUUGUGUGCCUGGUAGCCUUCAUCCUGCUCAACCUCCAUCCAGCUGUGGCUCGGGAGAGAAAGAGUGACCCAUACUUCAGUCCAGACCCGGAUAAUGAGAAGAGGGAACAAGCUUUCUCUCUGCAUGCCCAAACACCAGAGCAGAAGCCAAUGAUCAGUCCUCAAGAGGCUGCCGGGAAAGAACCAAGGAGCUCAUUUGGAAAGGGGACAUACAACAACCUAGAAGUGGUGUUCAUCUUUGUUGUGCUGGCUUGGGUCAAUGCUCUGACCAAUGCGGUGCUGCCCUCCGUGCAGUCCUUCUCCUGUCUGCCUUAUGGCAGCAAAGCCUACCAUCUGGCUGCCACCAUGGCUGCUGUUGCUAACCCGGUAGCCUGCUUCAUUGCCAUGUUUGUACCAGUAAGGUCUCUUAUUUUUAUGUUUUUUUUUACUAUUUUUGGUACUGGUUCUGGAGCCUACAUCAUGGCCAUGGCCUCUCUGAGUCCCUGUCCUUUACUGGUCCACUCUGCCUAUGGAACCGUAGUCAUUGUGCUGGCCUGGAUCCUGUUUGUCCUCUCCCUGUCUUACGUGAAGGUCAUCAUCGGGGUUAUUCUGAGGGAUGAAGGGCACAGCGCCCUUGUGUGGUGUGGUACUGUAGUGCAACUGGGCUCCAUGCUUGGUGCCGUGUCCAUGUUUCCACUGGUCAGUGUCUACAGAGUUUUCAGGUCGGGCGAUGCCUGCAACACUAAGUGUCCGUUGUAGACAAUAGACAUGUUUGCACUGUUGUACAAUCUUUUGGGUAGAUUGCACUUACUUUAGCUACACUGAGUGUAAUUCAGUCAUGAGUUUUACAUACUCCAACUAGCUUUGGGAGAGCUGAGAGGAUGCAGCUUAUCUCUCACACUCCUCUGUUUAAUGUCAGAUAAUUUAUUUCUAUUUAUUGAAAUAUGGAUUAAGCGUUACAAACUGCUCAAAUUUCAACCACACCGUCAGUGCUUCAGACCAAAUCUUGGAGUAUUUUUUUAAACAUGUUUCCAAUUCUUUAUCAAUAGAUAGGUCAUUUUACUUGAACGUUUAGAGUGAUAUGAAAGAGUUGUUGUCAUUGUUUCUAUGAAGAUCAUUUGGAACUGUGGGCUUUUAAAUGUGCCUUACAACUAGAUGAAAGAUUUUAUUUGGUUAAAAAAAGUUUUUCGACUAAACUUGUUUUAUGUUACUGGAGUGGAGAUACUGUUUGUCUUUUAAAAAUAAAAUCUGUUAAAAUAA